AUGUUGUCUAACAGGUGGUUUAUGGAGCACAAAUAACACAGGACAGAAAGAAGCUCCAUCAUCGCCCAGCCAGCCACUCUAUUUCUUCUUAUUCUCUCUCCGUUGCUCCUCCAUUGGCACCCGGUUGAAGCACCUAUCGUCCUCUCUGGUCACGCUGAUGAGGCAACAGGGAUCAAACGUGCAAUUUGGGAUUUCUUGAAUUCUUGUUGGCGGAACGAAACUCGUGAUAUCUCGCAGUUUGGCAUCCUGAUCACUACCGCACCAUGGCUUUCGAAGACGAUCCGUACCGCGACGAAGAUGGGGAACCAUUGAUGGACUACGAUGACUUCGGAGCGGGUCGUGACCCAUCUCCCGAGCCCCACCAAGAUGACGGCCUAGAAGACAACGACGAUUUGCGCGAUCGAGACCAGUCCCAGACCCCCGUCUACGAUGCCGACCCCUCGUCCUUGAAAUCCAAGCCAAGGAAGCGGCUGAUCAAGAAGAGCCACGUGGGAAAACUGCCUGUGAGCUCUGAUUUGGUGGACGAUGAUGGAGAGGAUGGCGAUGAGGGCAGUGGGAAGAGGCUGAAGAAAGAGAAGAGGCAUAAGGGAGAGAAGAAGGGACCCAAAUUUCCAAGGAGAUCCUUUUCCGACAAGGCGGCCACGGAUGGUGAGGUCAAGGAGAUGUGGGACACCAUCGCCGGCGGCGAUUCUGAGGAUGAUCAGGAGGGUGUCAGGACAUUUGAUGAUGACAACUUUAUAGAUGACACUGGUGUGCAUCCUGCUGACCGGUAUGGAAGCGACAAUGAACGCUCUCCUAGUCAUCAUCCUCAGGCUGAGGAGGGUGAGGAAGAUGAUGAAAUCAAGGAACUCUUUAAGAUGGGUAAGAAAAGGAAGAAAAAUGAAAAAAGUCCAGCAGAAAUAGCAUUGCUGGUUGAGAAUGUCAUGGCUGAGCUCGAGGUUACAGCUGAAGAAGAUGCAGAAUUUAAUAGACAGGGGAAACCUGCCAUUAAUAAGCUCAAGAAGUUGCCUCUUCUUACAGAGGUCCUCUCAAAGAAGCAGCUUCAACAAGAGUUCUUAGAUCAUGGAGUGCUAACUCUGCUGAAGAAUUGGCUUGAACCUCUUCCUGAUGGAAGUUUACCAAAUAUAAAUAUACGUGCAGCAAUUUUGAAGAUUUUGACAGAUUUCCCCAUUGAUCUAGAGCAAUAUGAUAGAAGAGAACAACUGAAAAAGAGUGGCCUUGGAAAGGUCAUCAUGUUUUUGUCAAAAUCUGAUGAGGAAACAACUUCCAACAGAAAGCUUGCGAAGGAAUUGGUUGACAAAUGGAGUCGACCUAUAUUUAAUAAAAGUACGAGGUUUGAGGAUAUGAGAAACAUUGAUGAUGACAGGGUUCCCUUUAGAAGGCCACCAGUGAAAAAGCCAGUGAAUAAUGGUACAGGAAUGGAAUCUAGAGAUGGUGAUCUGGACUUGGAUGAAUUUUCAAGGGAAAGAAAAUCUGGCCAAUCAUCUUCUAGGCAACAUGCCUCAAGGCCAGAAGCGACACCAAUGGAUUUUGUGGUGCGCCCACAAUCUAAGAUUGAUCCUGAUGAAAUCAGAGCCCGUGCUAAACAAGCGAUACAGGAUCAGCGCCGUAUGAAGAUGAAUAGGAAGUUGCAGCAGUUGAAGGCACCGAAGAAGAAGCAGCUUCAGGCCACAAAACUAAGUGUGGAGGGUCGUGGUAUGGUCAAGUACUUGUGAUCUUGCGGAACAUUCAAAUAUAAUGUUGUACUCCACUGGUUUCUCCGGGGCCAAUACAAUGGCUCUUAUAGUGAAAUUACGUUGGGUCUUCAUACUUUAAAAUGUCAAUAAAUAUUGAAGUUUUCAUUUCGAUUUUUGAGACACAAAAUUGUUGAUCAAUCUUUAAAAUAAAAAGUUACAUUUCUCUCUUUUCCAA